CCACAGGACUAAAUUGCUUUCUUAAGAAGAUUUGAAAAUAAUUGGGCUCGAUUUGAGGUAUCGAUAUUUAGUUGAGUUAGGUAUAUCUAAAGUAUAUUAGUUAAACUACUUUAUUCAUGGUCUUGAUCUUGUAUUCCAUCUGAGGUGAUUUACCAUAAUAUGUUUUAUCCUUUGAGCAAAACUGUGCAGGUUUUCUUUACUAAAUAUCCACUGUAGCUGCCAGCUGAUUGACCCACUUAAAAAUAGGCGCCAACAGCUGAUUUCAACCGGCUAUUAUUUACCUCCUCGUCUCGUUCGCAAAUCAUCGUUGAAUACUCGGCUGUUUGAUCAAUAAUAACCCGGAAUAAAUACAAUUGCGAAGGUGUUGAAACACCUUCCGUGUUUGCGGAGCCAUCAUAUCACGCAAUCCCAUCGAGGACAUGCCAUCGCAUCGCGAUGACAAACUUUCUGGAUCAGUUGCCCAAGCAUAUCAGGGAAAUCGCAGAGCAGGUUAAUGUCCUCGCGCCGGAGGAGGUGCUCACAACCCCGAAGGUGCGGUUCCUGGACACUCGCCAACAAUCCCUACAUGCACUUGUGCGAAAAUGCACUCCGGAUGAUGUAAGGGUGCUCAAGGAUGCGGCUGCCAAGUGGCUGGCGGAGAUGCCCCAGGCAGCUGAUUCUCUCUUCAAGCCCCUUGUAAAUGUGAGAUGGUCUCGGGUGUCCUUUGGUUGUUCUGCCCUGGAUCGUUGUACGGGCGGAGGAGUAGUUACUCGGGGUAUCACCGAACUUUGUGGAGCCGCCGGCGUGGGCAAGACCCAGUUGCUCCUGCAGCUAUCCUUGUGCGUCCAGCUGCCCACUGAGCUGGGAGGAAUGGGCAGGGGUGUGGCCUACAUUUGCACGGAGGACGCCUUUCCGGCGAGAAGGUUGCUGCAGAUGAGCAAGGCCUGCGAGAAACGACAUCCCCAGGAGAAACUCAAUUUCCUGGGCAACAUCUUUGUGGAACAUCAUUACGAGACCGAAUCCCUUCUGAGUUGCAUAAGAAAUCGCCUGCCGCGACUGAUGCAGCAACAUGGCAUUGGCCUGAUCAUAAUCGACUCCGUGGCCGCCUCAUUCCGGCUGUACACCGAUUUUAUGGAGCGGGCCCGGCAGAUGAGACGGCUGGCCGAUGCGCUCCUCUGCUAUGCGGAUAAGUACAACUGCGCCGUGGUCUGUGUGAAUCAGGUGGCCUCCAGUGGUAAUCAGGAAGAGGUUCCCUGCCUGGGAUUACAGUGGGCACACCUGGGACGCACCCGCUUGCGAGUUUCCCGUGUGCCCAAGCAGCAUCGGAUGGCAGAUCAAUUGAUCACAGUCCGCAAACUGGAGAUCCUUUACUCGCCAGAGACCCCAAAUGAUUUUGCCGAGUUUCUCAUCACCGAGGAGGGCGUGGUGGAUGUUCCAGAGCCACCUAUGACCCGCCCACCUGCUAAAAUGCGUCGACUGUGAUCGAUUGAAUUUAUUCUGUUUAUUUUGUUUUCGUUUAAUUUGUUGAAUUUAAAAUGUGUAACGGCGGAGCGUUCUAUCGACCAAAUUGUUGUUUAAUACUCCUAUUAAACUUAGCGGAAGGUUAAGAACAUAUAAUGUUUUGUUUACUUUUUGUCAGUUUCUAUUUAGUUUUGGUUAUUGUUUUUUAAUUGUAAAUAUUUUCCCAAAGUUUAUGAUUGGAAAAAGUUAUAUUUUGUUUUUAAUAAUAGUAAACCAAUCAUGUUUAAAUUUUUUCCUUAAAUAAAUAAAUAAAUUCCUUAAAAUUCCGCUAAAUUUAAUUAGGAAUUUAAUCUGCUUUUCGGCCUAUAUCAUCUAAUUUGUUGCCUUAAUUCCUUUUUUGUACAAACACUCAAUAAAUAUGUUUCAUUUAAUUGCAAUUUACAGGGUAGCAGAGCUUACAGGCUUACGUACAAUAUAGUUCAUAGUUCAAGUAGUAAAAUCAAUUUUGUAAUCGCCUCGUAUACAUUAUCACAUGAAAUUCUCGAAAGUUCAGAUUACAAUAUGCCAUAGUUUACGCGGACAUUUAAAUGCGACAUUUACAAAAGCCUAGCCUUAGCGUUUAAGUAUAUUAAAUAAAUUAAAUACAAGCCUAAGGGUGAACGGAUUACGCGACAAUUAAAUUACAAUUAGGUAUUACAA